AGAGAGAGAGAUUGUAGGAGACGUGAAAGAGUGAAGGAUCGGAAGGAAGGGUGGGGGAUGCAAAAGCCAGAUUUUUAUUGGAAGCAAUUGAAGUGGUUGCUAUGAGACCCGCUCGAGCGGAGGACCAGCAGCCAGCCCGACGCUGAUGGUUCUUACCUCUCCCUCGGGUAAGAUGGAGGUAGAAAAUGAAGCCAGCUGCUCCCCGGGCAGCGCAUCAGGCGGGUCCAGAGAGUACAAGGUGGUAAUGCUGGGAGCAGGGGGAGUUGGUAAAAGCGCAAUGACAAUGCAGUUUAUUAGUCAUCAGUUUCCUGAUUAUCAUGACCCCACUAUAGAAGAUGCUUAUAAGACCCAGGUCAGGAUUGACAAUGAGCCAGCUUAUUUGGACAUCUUGGACACUGCUGGCCAGGCAGAAUUCACAGCCAUGCGGGAGCAGUACAUGCGAGGUGGGGAAGGCUUCAUUAUCUGCUACUCCGUCACUGACCGUCAAUCAUUUCAGGAGGCUGCCAAGUUUAAAGAGCUCAUUUUUCAGGUCCGCCAUACCUAUGAAAUUCCCCUGGUGUUGGUGGGUAACAAAAUUGACCUGGAACAGUUCCGCCAGGUUUCUACAGAAGAAGGCUUGAGUCUGGCCCAAGAAUAUAAUUGUGGUUUUUUUGAGACCUCUGCAGCCCUCAGAUUCUGUAUUGAUGAUGCUUUUCAUGGCUUAGUGAGGGAAAUUCGUAAGAAGGAGUCCAUGCCAUCCUUGAUGGAAAAGAAACUGAAGAGAAAAGACAGCCUGUGGAAGAAGCUAAAAGGCUCUUUGAAGAAGAAGAGAGAAAAUAUGACAUGAUAUCUCUGCUUUUGAGUUCCUCGCUCUCUCUGAAUUUUAUUAGUUGGACAAUUCCAUAUGUAGCAUUCUGCUUCAAUAUUCUCUGUGUGUGUGUCUCUCUCUCUUUAAAUAUCUGCCUGUAGGUAAAAGCAAGAUCUGCAUAACUGUACCUCUUGAGAUAGUUUUGUUUUGCCUUUAACAGUUGGAUGGAUUUUGUCAAUCAGCUGGAUAUGCUGUUUAGUUUUUACAAUAUAUUACUAAAUAAAAUUGACAUUCCAAUUGCCUCA